AUGGCGGCAAACAACCUCUACCAGUAUUCUAUCCUUAGCGCUCUAAUGGGUGGGAUCUGUGGAACGGGAAUCACUGUUGAAGAAAUCCUCAAAAAUGGCGAUCAUGGUCUCGGCACUGUUUCCAAUCUGAACGGGGAAAUAGUUAUCAUUGAUGGCGAAGCAUACCACUUUCCUCCAGGCGAGGAACUCCGAAAAGUUGAAUUUUCUGAUGUUCUACCCUUCGCCAUGGUCACUCGAUUCAAACCUACUAUGGAGAAGUCUUUGCGUUUUCUUACUUUCAAUUCGCUUCCAGAGGCACUGGAGACUCUACUUCCUUCCCGACAAAACUGCUUUUUGUCAAUUCGUGUGGACGGGUUGUUCGACCAUCUGAGGUUUCGUGUGAUAGCGGCACAGUCCAAGCCCCGGGAGUCUCUCGCGGAGUCAGUCAGGCGACAGAAAGUACUGACUCAUAGAGAUAUUGAGGGUACACUAUUUGGAUUUUGGUCGCCGGCUUUCAGUGGUGGCUUCAGCGUUCCGGGCUUCCAUUUACAUUUUUUGUCGAAAAGCAAAGACCGAGGAGGCCAUGUAUUGGAGUUUGAUUCAAGAGGGGCCAGACUGCAAGCGGCUGUCCUUAGCGAGUACACUGUGAAGUUGCCUCAGAACAAAGACUUCAAUGAAGAGGUAAUUGGAAGUGUUGGCGGCGCGGACCUUAGUGCGGCGGAGAAAUAA